AUGGGCUGCGGAAUUCCAAAUAGACCAAACAAAAACGUACUUCAUGAAGAGAGUCCUGUCGAUCAAACAGACGCAGAGGUGAUAAUAAAGGGCCUAAGCUCGAGAAGAUUAGUUCUUCAUUGCGGUAUCUCUUAUAACUUUAAGUCUAGAGGCGAGACUUAUUGCAUCAAAGUUUCACAGGCUAAAACACCAGAGACUUCAGUUGUUUUUACCUAA